CUGCGCCGCUUCCGCCCCCUCGCGCGGGGGCUGAUGGGAGUUGUAGUCCUCCUCUGGGGGGCGUUUUUGAGACAGAAUGGGGCAAAGUUGGGCGAAAUGUGCCAUAUUUGGGCAAAAUGUGCUAUACUGGGGUGAAAUGUGCCAUAUUGGGGUGAAAUGUGCCACCGGGACGCCAUGAUGACACCACAGCACCCCGCUGCUGCCCCUCUUGGCUGGGAUUCUGCUUCUUUUUCCCCCAAAUUUCUCUUUUUCCCCCAAAAAUUGCUCUUUUUUCCCCUCACAUUUCACUUUUCCCCUCCACACUUCUCUUCCCCCACCCAAAUUCGCCAUUUUCCCUCCAAAUUUCUCCUCUUUUUCCCCACGUUUCUCAUUUAUCCCCACCACUCACCUCUUUUUCCCCCUAAAUUCACCCUCCCAUCCCCAAUUUUCUCUUCUCCCCCCCCAAAAUCAGCGCCCCUCCCCAAGGCCGGACGCCCCAUCUCAGCAUACCGCGCUCUGCACGCUUUUGUGGCCCCCCUGACCCCAUUCCUCCACCCCCACGGGGACCCCGGUGUGGAAAUGGCGGAGAUUUGCCCCCACCUCCCCCCAAUCUGGGGGUAAUUCCGCACCCUUCGCCCCCCCAGCGCACACUGACCCCCUGAGGCAGCACAUUCCCCUCCCACCGCCGCCACCGACUCAGAGCAGCGUUUGUUCCCAGCGCUGAACGUCCCCUCUCGGCCUUUGGGUCCUCCCCACGCUGACCCCCCCCCCCCCUCAUUCCUUUGGGGUUGCAAAGGACCCCCCCAUUUCUUCUGCGAUGGAUUCACAGCGCGGAGCGAAGGAUGCGAAUCUCAGCCUGAGGUGCAUUAAGGACAAACUGCUCCCCAUUGCAGGCACAGUGUUGGUGGCAGCGCUGCUCAUCACCGUCAUCGCGCUGGCGGCCCAGAAACGCCCCCCAUGCCCCCCCUGCCCCACAGCCGCCCCCCACCUCCCGGGCUGCCCCAACGAUGGGAUCGGGGUUGGGCUGCAGUGCUUCUACUUCGUGGAGGACGCGGCAGACUGGGAUGGGGGGCAGCGCUUCUGUCUGUCCCGCGGAGCGCAAUUGGCCGCCGUGGGGACCCCGCAGGAGUUGGUGAGAUGGGGGGGGGGGGGGCGAUGGGGGGGUCCGGGGGGUCCGUCGUGCCCCACAGCGGUUCUUUUCCAUAGGGGUUCGUGCUGCGCUAUGGGCGCUCCGUGCAGUACUGGAUUGGGCUGCGCAGGGAUCGCUCGGGGCCGUGGAUGUGGGCCAAUGGGUCUCUCUUCAAUAACGCGUUCAGCAUUGAGGGCAGCGGGCGCUGCGCCCACACGGACGGCGGAGGGAUCGGCAGCGCUGAGUGCUCCCGCCCCAAACGUUCCGUCUGCAGCCGCCCCCAACGGGGGGGGGCGGAGCUCUGAGCCCACCCCGGGCCGAAGGAGGGGGGGGUUGGGGGGGUCCCACCACAAAAGGGAGGAACGUCGCAGUCCUCCCCGUCUGUCCGUCCCGACGUGCCCUCCUCCCCGCCCCCCCCAUCCUGGGAUUUCUGUCUCUGCCCUGCAAAAACAAGAAUGGGUUUGAAAAGGACAAAAUAGGGCGUUCGGCCGUGAGAUCCGACAGGAAACGCCGCUAAAAUUGUCUCCUUUUUUUUUAUUAUAAUUAAAAUGUUUUUUUUUGG